AUGGGUGACUUGACAACAUUGCGAAGUCAAAUCAAUCAAUGGACCCUAGAUCAAGAUAACAGAACCUUCAAUAAAUUAGAUCAGAUGAGUACCAAUCUGCUUACAAAGUUCGGAGCUGUGUCAUCCGAUAUCCGAUCAGUUCAACACUAGGCCAACUCUAUCCAUGCUCAAAUCAACCAGGCCUUCAAUAGAUUUCUAACUUUGAGCGAUAGUCGCUUUACUGAACAAAGAAUGGCCCCUCCACAAGAAGCUCCUCCGAAGGCAGCACCACCCUAGAACAAAGACGAAGGCCUCACAACUGCUCAGAAGUACACCAAGGCCUUAGGCAUAGCAUUACAAUCUCUUGAUUUGUAAUAGAUGGCACAAGAUGAUGACAUAUUUGAUGACAGAGAUGAUAAGUCAAUCUCCGUCUUCUCUGCAGCCACCACCAGCGGUACUGUAAGUAAGUCUGUUAAGUUGCCUGCCAUGUUUGGUACUCCCCAAUUCAACAAUAACAAAUUUAUUGGUCUUUUCGAUGACUUUGAUGAAGCUCCCAUUCAAGAGCCAGUCCGUCAAACAGCUCCUGCCCCUGUAUACAGGUAAUCGGAAGCACAACCUUAACAACAAGCCUUUGCCAAUUAGUAGCCUCAAUAGGCUCAACCUUAGCCUCAAUAGCAGAUUAGAUAAUCAAUCAUGUAAGGUCAAUCUUAAAUCUCAUAUGGUGGAGAUAACAAUUAAUUCAUCACGCGCACUAACUCUGCUCUAGGCAAUUCUAUGAUGAAUUCAGCAUUAGGAUUUGCCGACCAGCAAUAAAAGGAAGCCUUUAACCAAGCAUUUGCACCUCCAUAUCAAUAACCACAAUAAGGAUAACAACCAAUGCCUCCUCCUCAAACACAAAGACCAACAAUGGUUGAUGCUCCUCCCCCUCCUCCUCUGCCUCCUUCUACUCAACAAUUUUAAUACGCAUAACCUUAAGUGUAAAAUCCAGUAGUGCAAUAACAACCUCCUUAAACUCUCUAAGAUUAACUAAAUAGUUUAAUUUCACAAAAGAGAGAGCAAAUUCCUCCUACUAUACAGCAGUAACAGUAGCAAUAGCCAAUUUACAACACUUAAUAAUAGUAUUAAUAGGAAUAACCACCUCUUCCUGAAUAAAGAAAUCCACAAUAACCAAUAAAAGUAUUUUAACCCCCCAGUGUAAUUGGAGCACCUACAUAUGCAAAAGAAAAAGAUAAGAUGAUGAGUUUGUUUGACGAGGAUGAUGACGAUGAUAAUGAUGGUGGUUUAUUUAAAUCUACAACCACAAACAAAAAUAAAUUCAACAACCUACUGACAGAUGGAGUUGCAAAACAGGAUUAAAAUUAUAAACCAGCAGCUGUUGUCAUAAAGGAAGAAGAAGAACCUGAUUUCAGUGUGUAACCCAGAGUUCAAAGUGUUAAGCCUCCUCCAAAAAAAUAACUAUUUGAUGAGGCAGAAGAAGAGAAUCUUUAAAAAGCAAAUGCAGACAAGAUUGCUGCAAUUUAUUCACAACAAUAACAACCAAAACAAGAAUAACCAAAAUAAGUGCCUCCUCCUAAAUUUACACCAGCAAGAAAUGCUUUUGAAGAUUCAGAUGAUGAAAAGAAAAAGCAGCCUCAAGUUCCAGUAAAACAAGAAGAAUAACUUGCAGUUCCAACUGAAGAACCUUAAGUUCGACCUUCCAUUUAAUAAUUACAAAAUAGAUUGAAUUUGAACAUGUUUAUGAAACCACCUGGAGAAUAAGUCACAAUGAAGGAUAUUAAAAAAAAUGAAAAGGAACACGAGUCUAAAAUUGUUGAGCAAUAAGCAGAAAGACCUAUUGUAUAGAAGAAGAAGGCUAGAGGAAGAUAGGCACUUGACUUCGAUGAUGAUGAUUCUACUAAGAAAUCCACUAAACCAGCUUUUGUUAUAAAGGAGAGAACCUAAUAAGCUCAAAAGGCUGAAGUAGUCAUCGAUAGAACAUCAUAUAGAGAGUCUAUUAAAUUGAGUAAAUAAUCCGAUUUUGAGGUUCCAAUAACUUUGGAAGUGAAAACUGAAAAGAAGGAUAUCCAAGUGACAAUCAGUCAACCUACCCAAUAGCUACCAAGUCUAAGUUCGAAUAAACCAGCCUAAUAAUAAGACCCAUUAGGAAAAAAGAAUAUUGGAAAAGAAUUCGAACAAAAAGGAUUACCAAACUUCUUUAAUGACCCUCUUGGAGGAGGAGGUAAGAAAGAGAAACAAUAGCCCGUUUAGAUAAGUAAUCUUCCAGGCUUUGGAGGUAAAUCAAACACUUAGACAACAACUGUUUAAGCAGCAAUCACUCCCACAAUAGCUAAGCCACAAAGAAAGAAUAUGUUUAGUGAUGAAGAAGAAGAUGCAGUUCCUAAAUUGCCUAUGCCAGGAUAGAGAUUGACAACCGAGACCUUCUUUGCCCCUCCUCAAUCGAAGCCAUAAAUGAAGAAGAACAUGUUUGAAGAUGACUCUGAAGAAGAUCUGAAGCCACCUUAAAGACCUACUAUUUAAUAGUAACAAGUCAAACCACCUGAACCAGCUAAGAAACCUGAGGCACCUAAACCAACAACUACUUAGCAAAGGAAUUAAAGAAUGCAGAGAGCUUUGUUUGAAGAUUCUGAUUGA